UAACAAAAAUGGCGAAAAAUUGUUUAAAAGACAUGCAUGAUAAGUUAGAUGAAAAUAGAAAUGAGGUCACAAUUCGAGAAUUAAUGAAUACAAUACAUCAAUUGGAGAAUCAAAUACAGAUAAUUAAAAAGGAUAAAAUGAACCCUAGCCAUUAUAGUGAAGCUCAAAAAUCAGUUAACUAUCACUUCGAUCAAUAUUCAACAGGUUUAGGUAAAACAUAUACAACUGCUAAUGUUCAAACUGCAUCAAUUAAUUUGGUAACUGGAGAUGCUUAUAUACAAACCGGCAGACCUGGCAUAAGUAGUUUAUCCAAAAAUUUUGUUCUUGAAUUGGACAUAGAAGCAGAUAACACUGAAGGUACCACCGUAUCUCAAAGAACAGAAACUGAAAUGUCAACAUCUGACUCGGUGAUGCAUGAUACGAUUACUGCAGCACAUGUUCAAAUACAUUCUGGAAAAAUAAUGGAAAAACAAAAAGAAAAUGAGAAUUCAAAACAAGAUUUAAGUGGACUAUCUCAACAUUUAUUUUCAUUCAGAUCUAUGAUUCAAACUAAUUAUAAAUCCCAUGGAAAAAUAGCAGAUACUGAUAUAUUUCAUGACUCAAAUCUUGCAGAAAAGGUGUCUAAAAGCUCACACAAUACUAUUUAUUCAUCUCCAUGUGCUUCUCAGUAUAUUAUCCAACCUAGUACAAGCACUUUGGGAACAUUAAAUACAGAUUCCAGGCCAGUGCGUCGUAUUCAUCAUUUUGGUCGUGGAUAUACAAAUCAGUCAACGCAAGAGGUACCUAUGUCUGGGGUUUCUAUGCCUCAACGGUAUUCUUAUCGAGGAUCACCACAAAGACAUAUCAUUGGAUCACAACAUAUAUCAAGCCAAGUCUUAGGAAAUUUGACAAAUAUAUCAGAACCAAUUUCGAAUUUGUCUGACAGUACACAUAUUGUGCGUAACCCUUCAAAGCCACACAGAAUUUGUUCCAAUAAGAGUAGCAGGCCUUCAUCAGUCACGAGAAAAAUUCCCUCAACGGGCAGACAUUCAUCCCGAUCCAUUCAUAUCCAUAGUGACAGUGUUGAUUCUGAAAAUUCUGAACAAAUUGAUCAAGUAAAUAACUAUUCUAUUUCACCUGGACCAAGACCAAUUAAAAAUAAUUUAUCGACUCUAAGAGGUUCGAGUCUUAAUAAACAUAAUUUUAAUCAGCCUGGCUACUCAAAGAAUUAUUCUUUGCGGGGAGCUUCAACUACUCCCGAUGGUAUAAUAUAUUAUCAACAGCCACAUGCAUCUCAAUCUUUGGCGGGCGAGCAACAACAAAGUACCACUCAAACAUCAGUACGUAAUUGUGGAGGUUUAAGAGGUACUACCUUAGAUCAUCAAAAUUAUCAUCAACGUGACUUAUAUUCUUGGCGUGGUUCUCCAAAAAUCGAUCAUGGGAUUCACAAUAACGAUUGCCGACCGAAUACUCUUUCCGCUCAAAGUCAUGUUGGAGGCUCAAAUGAUGAUUCUGUUUAUUUACAACGAUAUGUCAAUCUCGGCGGCAUUUAUUCUUUCCCUAAAAAAACUUCUAAAGAACAACCACCCUUCAAUGUUGAUGACCAACUUCCUCUCAAAGAAUCUUUGGCAUACUCUGAUAGAGGAAUGGAUGACACACCUUUAAGACGACACAGUUCUUCGCAUUUACAGUAUCCAGUAAUGGAUGCACUGAAUGAAGUUAUGGCUUUAAAACGGAAAUUAGCAGAUUUUGAAAAUAAGGCAGCUCAAAAUUUAGCAAAUUUAAGAAAGCAGUAUGAAAGAAAUGCAAAAAGCCUUAUCCAUGAACAUAAUAAAAGCGUAUCGAAAUUAUCUUUUAUGCAAGAUGAAACAAUUCGACAGUUAGAAAAUGAAAAUGAUAAAUUACGCAAUCAAGUACAUCAUUUAUUACAAAAAUUAACUAAUCGUGAAAAGAAUGUACAAAGCCUGAGUAGCGUGUCAACGGGAGAGAUUGAUAUACCUCCUAGUCACACAACAAUGCACGCAAUGCACUUACAAAAUAAAAAAGUUUUGGCAAAAACAGAAGGUGAUCAGAAAAUAUCAGAAAAUGUGAAAGGCGGUUGUGAAAAUGUAUGUGAUCCUAAAAAAGUACAAAUAUGCGAUAAGUUAAUUUGUUAUCAUGAUGAUCUUAGUUGUACAGACAGUUGUUUCCCAGAUGAAGGAUGUGCCGAAACCUUCGGAGAUUGCGGAGAAAAAUGUGUAUGUGUAUGUUUUGCAGAAAAAGCAACACAAACGAAACCCACACCACGAGCAAAAAUAGCUUCUACAAGAAGCAUGGCAAACAUAUUAACUAAAUUUUUAUAUGAAGGUCUACAGAGGCUGGAUAUCUACGAAUUGUCUAAAUUGCAUUCCCGUAUUUGUUAUGCGGCACAAACUUUAAUUGAGAAGGAAAAAGAAAAGAAAAUGUCUCAAGAAGAAAAAAUUAUCUACCAAAUUAAUAAAAUGGAAGACAAAUUAAUUAGAAAACAGAAGAGUGCACAAGAAAAAUUAAAACUAUUGGAAAUGUGUAUGUAUCAAGAAAAGCAUAGAAUUUGUGUGAUGAGGGCAGAAAUAGAAACUGAAAAAUGUCUGGCAUUGCCUCCAUGUUCAAAUGAAUGCACUGAAGAACUUCAUGUAUGCCAUUCAACGCAAGCUUGCAGCUUCCCGAUAGAUUGCACAUGUAACACAUCUCUAGAACCAUGUGCGUCAGAUCCAUGUAAACCAAAAUCAAUUUUAAAAACAUGCUUGGAGCCUACCAGACCAAAGUCAGUUGUUGUAUGUCCUGAACCAUGCACCACAAAUCCCAGCUUAAGUUGUACACCUGAAGCGACUCCAGGAUGCAAUUCUACCAAAAUGUUAGAAGAUUCUCUUGAACCUUGUACACCAAAACCCAUUUUAAAAGGUUGCGUUCUUUCCUCGACACAUGCAUUAGAUUCGUAUGAUUCUCCAACUACACGAAAAAUGGUUUCAGAUCCUUGUAAAGUCAAAAAAAUUCAAGAAUUUUCUGACCAAUGCGGACCUAUAAUGUCCUGCAAAUCAAGUAAAUCUACAUCUGUAUUGUGUCAACCACCAACAUUAUGCAAAAGAAGUACUGCAUCGUGUGGCCCACGAUCCACAUCAAUGCUAUGUGGAUUAACAAAGUCAUGUGAUCAAUCAACAAUAACACCAGAUUACGUCAAAUGUGCUGGCAUUCUUCCAAAAAUUCAAUCAAAAUUUCCGUACAUUAGAGUACCAACAAAAUAUCAAAUUGAAGACAAAUCGAAAGACGAUAAGCCUAAAGAAUGUAUUUGUAUCAAGAAGGAUAAAUCACGACCAGCUUCUACAAGAACUUGUUGUGGUUGCCGCGACAAAGAUAAUAAUAAAAUUUCAGGCAAAAGUAAAAAACCAACAAAGCCAGUAAAUUACGAUUUUCUUGCAAAGUGCGCUCCAAGUUUAUAUAAGAAAUUAAGUAAGCAGAAAUCGUAAGUGCACAAAAAAUUCAGUUGGUACGCA